UUGUCCAGUUUGACAAAGUGUGUGUUUGUGUUUGUGUGUGUGUGAAAAAAAAUGGCGAAGGGAGGCAAGAAGGGCAAGAAAGGGAAGAAGGGCAAGAAGGGGCACGAGGAGAACCCCGACGCCCUCACGGAGGUCGACAAGACCUUCUACGAGCUGACCAUAGCGGACCUGAACAGGAAAUUGGCCCGUCUGAGGUCCCUGACGCAGGAACUCGAGGAAAAGAACGAGGAACUGACGCAGAGCAACGAGAAAAACGACGAGGACAAGUCGGAUAUCAUCACUUACCUCAAGAGGCUGCUGCAAGAGAAAACGAGCGAGAUAAACGAGCUCGAGGAACGGAUCGCCGGAUUGCAAGAGACUCGUCAGAAUGAGACCGAACAGUUCGAGACGAAGAUCAGCGAGUUGGAGCAGGAGUUUGCGCAGAUGCACGAGCAGCUCACCUCGGAGAAUAAACUCCUGGAAGGUAAACUGAACUCGCUGGAGGAGUUCAGGUCGCAACGCGACGACUUGAUGAAGAAGUACGAGGAGCAGGAGAAGAAGAUGGAGACCCAAGAGAAGAGACACGCGAGGGAGAUCUACGAGAUCGAACGCAAGUUCAUCAUAAGCAAGGACAAACUGAAGAAGGACAUGGAGACGAGACUGUUGCAACUCUCGACGGAGUUCCAUGACGCGUCCGAGCUGCGCAUCGCCGCCACCACCCAUCGGGUCAUAAGGGAGAACAUCUCGGUCAAUAACGAACUGGACACGAUGCUCCACACGCACCAGAAGCUCUUUAAGGACUACAACAGCCUCAAGAGCAAAACGGUGAACAUGCGACAAGACGCGGAGCUACACGAGGAGGAGAAGAAAAAGGCUUUGGCGAAGGCGCGGGUGCAAGCGAGGGUCAUCGAGAAGGUCACCGCGAGGAACGAGUACCUUCAGAACGAGCUUCUGAGGCACAAGGAGUACGAGUCUGAGGCGCGCGAGGCACGUAACCGAUUAAAACACGAACAAGAGUGCCUCAGAAAACAAGAGUUCAAGAUCAAACUCUUGGAGCAGAACCUGCAUCGCCUCAAGUGCCUCAACUCCAGUUUGGAGACGGACGUGCUCUAUCUGAAGACGGAGAACGACCGUCUGGAGGACAUCUUGAUGGAGGGAGUGAGCUGCAUCAAGGAGGCCUUGACCAUCAAGUCGGAGAGUGACACCUCGGUGAAGUCGAGCAAGAGAGAGAACCUCCUCAACACCCUCUUCUCCUUACUAAAUCAGGGCCACGAGAGGCGAAUCAAGAAGCCUUCUCUGGAAACGAUCGCCUCGGCAGACGCCACUUAUGCCCUCGGGGACCUCGGGUUUGUACCCAGACCAGUUGACCCGCGGCCGACCGCCAGGACUCAAAGGAACAUUUGCUCCCAAGUGGGUGAGAGCUUCGAGGACUUUGUCCUCUAUGGGGAGGCGAGCAAAUACUCCGCCAAGAAGAGCUACGUGGAUAGAAGGGAUAGUGCCCUGGACGAGUCCUCCGAGGAGGAAUGUAAGAGCGAGUUAGAAGAGGAGAUGAGCGAGGAGCAGAAAGAGAGCGUGCUGUUCUUUGACGAGGAGGAACAGGUUGAGGAGGAGGACGAGGACGAGAGUGUCGAGUUUGAUCCGUUUGCCGCCGAGCACUCGGCCGAGUCGGUGGAGGCGGAGGUGUCGACGCAUAAGUUGAAUCAGGUUAGGGAGGAGGAGGAGGAGGAGGAGGGGGAAGUUGCCCCUGAAGAGGUUAUUGGUCCUGAAGAUGGAGAGGCUAAGGAGGAAACACCCGAGGAAGAAGGGCCUAGGGAGGAAGGAGAAGAAGUGAAGAGUGAGGAGUGAAUUGUUGUCGAAUAUAAUAAAGGAUGAUGGCGUGAA